UACUUAACGCGUUUCAUAUGGAAGUGUAUACGAUCUUAUUAAAUAAUCUCAGGAGUCAACGCGUGUCUUCAAUUUUACUAAUCAGAGGACGAAAGAAAGAGAACUCAAACAAUUGUCAGUUUAUGGAGCUUUGUUUAGCGACUAAGUCUAGAAGACCUAAGAGACGAAAAGUUUAUAUCUUUCUACUUGAAAUAGAUUCUCCACUCAAAAAAAGGUUUAACCUUUCUCGAAGAAGGUGUUCUGCAAUUGGCGCUUAUCAUCUGUUAACCCUCUCCUCCGCGGAAUCGAAUCUUCCAACUUUGGUAGAAGCUCAUCCCAAUAAAACGCAAGCGGUGUAGCUUCUUCUCUUCACCCUGGUAACUGCUAAACUUGAAACCAUUGUUGCGUGACAUGGGCUACUAUAACAAUGUCUUUGAUGGAUGCAAUGACCAAACUGAUAUCGGUGCGGUUAUACGUAAUGGAAGGGAAGUCAUUCUCCAGGCUUAUAACUGGGAAUCUCAUAAACAUGACUGGUACAAAAACUUGGACUCAAAAGUUCCUGACAUCGCAAAAUCUGGCUUUACUUCUGCAUGGCUGCCACCACCGUCUCAAUCUCUUGCACCAGAAGGGUACCUUCCACAGGACCUUUACUCACUAAACUCAGCAUACGGCUCCGAGCAUCUCUUGAAAUCCUUGCUUCGUAAGAUGAAACAAUACAAAGUCAGAGCUAUGGCUGAUAUUGUCAUCAACCAUCGCGUUGGCACAACGAGAGGACAUGGUGGAAUGUAUAACCGCUACGAUGGAAUCUCAUUGCCGUGGGAUGAACACGCCGUUACUUCAUGUACAGGAGGACUAGGGAACCGAAGCACAGGAGUUAACUUCAAUGGAGUUCCAAAUGUUGAUCAUACUCAACACUUUGUUAGGAAAGAUAUAAUCGGUUGGCUUCGUUGGUUGCGCAACACCGUCGGGUUUCAAGACUUCCGUUUUGACUUUGCUAGAGGCUAUUCAGCACAGUAUGUGAAGGAAUACAUAGGAGCAGCGAAACCGGUGUUCUCAGUUGGAGAAUGUUGGGAUUCUUGUAACUACAAUGGUCAUGGUCUUGACUAUAACCAAGAUAGCCAUAGACAGCGUAUAAUCAAUUGGAUUGAUGCCACGGGACAGCUUUCAGCUGCAUUUGACUUCACUACUAAAGGAAUUCUGCAGGAAGCUGUAAAGGGUCAGUAUUGGCGUUUAUGUGAUGCACAAGGGAAGCCUCCUGGAGUAAUGGGAUGGUGGCCGUCAAGAGCUGUCACCUUCCUUGAUAACCAUGACACUGGUUCUACUCAGGCUCACUGGCCUUUCCCUUCACACCAUCUAAUGGAGGGGUAUGCAUAUAUACUUACUCAUCCAGGCAUACCAUGUGUGUUCUAUGAUCACUUCUACGAUUGGGGAAGCUCGAUUCAUGAUCAGAUUGUCAAACUGAUUGACGUUAGGAGGCGACAAGAUAUACAUAGUAGGUCAAAGAUUCGUGUUCUGGAAGCAAAGUCGAAUUUAUACGCAGCCAUUGUUGGUGAGAAACUGUGCAUGAAGCUUGGAGACGCCUCUUGGUGUCCUUCUGGUAGAGAGUGGACUCUAGCAACAAGUGGCCAUCGCUAUGCCGUCUGGCACAAGUAAUCUUAUGGUCUCAAAGGUUUUCUGGCUUUCAGAGUCUACAGAUAUAAAAUCCUGUAUUUAUAACUAUAAAUAAUGUCCACAGCUUACGUCUUCAUGACGCCAUAUUGUUAUAACACAUCUUUAGUUUAUAAAGUAAGCAUUAUUUGUGUGUUGACUUGUGUUGUGUUUCAAAAGUUUAAGUAUUCCAGAUUACAACAUACAUUAUGAUGUAAGUGGCAAAGGUUCGUUAGAAAAAU